GUUUCACUUUCUCAUUCCCAAUGACUCAGAAGAGUCUUGAUGUUGGAAUAUUGUUAUCUUGGACAAAAUCUUUCAACUGCCCUGGUGUUGUUGGUGAGGAUGCUGUUAAGAUGCUUAAUGAUGCUAUUCAGAAGCAUGGUGGAUUAGAUAUUACAGUCACAGCAGUUCUUAAUGACACUACAGGCACACUCGUACAAGGUGCUUAUAUGGACAAGCGAUGUGCUCUGGGCAUGAUUCUUGGCACUGGCUCUAAUGGCUGCUACAUAGAAAAAGUUGAGAAUAUAGAGAAGUGGCAUGGAAAGCACCAGGAAGCCGAGAUGAUUGUGGACAUAGAAUGGGGUGCCUUUGGGGAUAAUGGUGUACUAGAUUUCAUCAAGACAAGCUGGGACAGAGCUGUAGACAGCAAAUCACUGCUUGUUAAAUCAUUCACCUUUGAAAAGUACUUUGCUGGAAAAUACUUAGGAGACUUAUAUCGUGAGAUUUUACUCACUCUGUCCAAAGAAGGACUCUUCUGUUCUGGUAACAUCGGCAAGUUAGAUACGCAGGGUGCAAUUACUACCACUGAUGUUUCUAACAUUGAGAGGUAAGUAAAGGCAAUGGAAAGAGACGA